GAAUUUAAUUGAAAUACAGCAGCUUAUAAGAACUAAGAAGAGUUUUCAGACAAUAUCAAGACUAUUAAAUAGUCUUGAUAUUUUCAUAAAUUUUUUUUUUGUCUUUUUUUUGUCUUGUCUUGAUAUAUAAAAUUAAGACCAUUGUAGUCCAUACAGUGUGCCAUAUCUUCACCUUCAUAUUCAUUUGUAUUCUUAUCGUCCAAAACGCAACUAACUUUGUUUUUACGGACUUAGUCAACGCGUGGUCAGUUUUAGUCCAGCUUAGCCUUAAAAAAUUUAUUAUUUUCCGUAGGUUCGCACCCUGAUGUGUUUGAAACCGCCUGUAGUAACAAAAUAAUUCAGUUUGUCUAAAGUGUAGAAAAACUUAAAAAUAUCCGUGUGUGGUCUGUGACCGUAUUAUGAUCGAAGUGCUGCCAUGACCCGGACCAUCCGGCCAAGUGUUUCGUAUGUCUUCUGAAAGUUACUGGUGUUUGCCACUUAGUUCCCGUUCAUUUUACUACUUAAAACCGCCGCAUCAAAUACUCAGCAAAAAUUCCGGGCGGGGAUCCCUAUGGGUCGACGCAUGGCCAUCGCGCGGGUUCGUGUAACGACACUUGCGCUGGAUCUGAAUCAAAGCCCACGGGUUGAGAUAUACUGUACACCAGCUUCGUGGGCAUAUCGUUGUCCUGGAGAGGAUUGGUUCUACCGGAAAGGCACCAACAAGUGUUAUUUUAUCUACAAUAAUAAGUUCAGCAGCGGCAUACAGAAUGGGAUUAACGAGAGGAAACGAUGGUUGGAGGCGGUGGAAGUGUGUAAAAUCCGUGGUGGUAGCAUUGUGACUCUGGACGAUGCAUCGGAACUGGAUUGGAUAACAGCAAAGUUCCCGGCGGAAUACAAUUGGUACUGGAUGGGACUAACAUUUGAAAAGGGCACAUGGGAGUGGUUCGAUGGAGAAACGUACCGACCGUAUACACCAAUACUUGGGCUCAACGUGGACCCACUAAAUGGAACGGAUGCGACAAUGCGCGAAAAACGUGGCACUAUCCGAUAUGUCUCCAACAGUACCUUCCGUGGUUUUGAGUUUAAACAUGAUACCGCAACUCUGACCAAUGGGUACAUCUGCAAAGGAGCGUGGACUGGCCGGCCGUGGUGCAAAGUCGAAGAAGGGUGGGAAUACCAAGAUGGUCACUGCUAUCAGGUAUCCGAAACACCGGCGACGUUUGCGGACGCUGAAGGACAAUGCAUUGCGGAUGGCGGUCACCUGGUAGUCCCGCGUACCCUAAACGUGAUGAGCCAUUUGCAGUAUCGCUACCGCAUGUUAUCCGUACAAACUACGUCCUGGAUCGGUGUGGAUAUUCCCAACAAGAACGCGUCGAUCACAGUCGCCAGCGUGGCCUGGCAUGAUGGUACACCGCUUGAGCAGACGCAGCAGAAUUUAUGGAUAAACACCAGUUUGGCUUCUUACUUAAACGAUCUUCCCAAUGGUCCGAGUUAUUGUGGCGAAUAUUUCACGAGAAAGGCGCAUUAUGGCGGACCCAAUGGGGAAUGGCUGUACAAUGCGGAUACGUGGUCAUUAGAGCCAAAAUGUGACGAAAUACGACCGUAUGCCUGUGAGACCCUGCUCAACAAAUGCCCAUAUGGAUGGCAUCAAUCUGGUGAUUAUUGUUACCAAAUCAAUCUUGGAGAGGAUAACCUGAAAACAUGGCAGGCGGCGAAUGAUGACUGCAAAGCCAAACGCGGCGACCUCGUCAUUAUCAAAGACCCUGUGAAGCAACGCUUUAUUGUGGAUCUCAUUUGGAAAUAUGGUGCCCAUGACUGGGAAGAAGGAACUGGGCACGAGAUGUACUGGAUUGGAUUAACUGGAUCCGGUUUAUCGAUGUCGAACUCUCAGUGGAUAUGGCCCGACGGAUCCUUCAUGGGUUCUAACGAGUUUCCCAAUGAACCAGGUUUUACCAUCCAAGGGACCACGCUGGGAUAUUGCGUUUACGUUAUCUUUGACCGUUUUUCGAAUGUCACCGGUGGAUGGUACAUUAACUUCUGCUCCAUACCGCAAGGAUACAUCUGCGAAGCCCACCAUACUGCAGUGAUUCCACCCGAUGAAAUUAUCACGCCUGAGCACACGUGCGAACCACCCUUUACUAAAUGGCACGAAGGCUGUUAUCUGCUGGUCAGCGAACCCAAAUCAUACGAAGCAGCGGCCCAGGACUGCAAGAACCGCAAAGCGCUUUUAGCUCCAAUUUAUACUCGCGGCGAAAACGUAUACCUUUCCAAUCUGGUGAGAAAAGACACCUGGUUUGGGCUAAAGGUCACCAAAGUGUUGGGCAGUGGAUUCUUCGUUAGCAAUCUGGAGUAUUCUCACAGCAAUGGACAAAUUGCUGGCAAUGGAUCCGUAAUUUUUCAUGAGUUCGCGGAUUACUACUCUAUAACGGUCGACUCCAAUUUCAAUAGAUUCUGUAUAGCCAUGGCGGGAAUAAACAGCACAUACAACGUUACGGCGUACGGGUCAAUCGCCGAACGCGGACGCUGGUAUCAUGCGCAGUGCAGUGAGCAGCGGGAAUAUGUUUGCUGGCAUCCAGGAACGCCCAUUGAAACUCCACCCAUCGAUGACCCAUACGACGGUGAAUGUGGUGGGGGAUGGUUCCGUAACGGUUCCAACUGUUACCACGUCAGCACCGAACCGGCAACAUGGUCGUCCGCUAAAGCAACCUGUCAGGCAAAGAGCGAUAACAGUGACCUUUUAUGGAUGACUAGCAGAGAAGAGGAAGCCUUUGUGCGAGGGAAACUGGAGACUCAGUUUUCUGGUUUGUCCCAUACACUGUGGAUUGGUCUGUAUGCCGCAGAACCUGGUCGGUGGCAUUGGCCGUACCGCGAUUAUCUCGACAUGUGGUACCUGCCGUUUACUCUGAGCAACUGGGCGGACGGCGAGCCAACAAUGAACAAAGCCAAAGGAUGCGCCUACAUUUCCGGGCCGGGUACACAGUACAAAUGGCACACGAGUAUUUGUAACCAAUUCCGUGCGGCUGUUUGUAAGAAAACCAUCUCGCUACCGGUGACAACAACAGAGAAUACGCAAGCUCCAACAUUACAACCCGGACAGCAACUAGGAUGCCCCGAUCAUUGGUACGCAAUGAACGAUCACUGCAUCAAGAUGAACAUUACCGCCACCGAUUGGUUCUCCGCUCGUAAGCUCUGCCAAAACGAGCAAGCGUAUCUGCUGACAUUCAAGGACCCGAUUGACUACCAAUCGUACAAACGAUUUUCACUGGGUAGCUGGAUUGGCCUCAACAGUAUAAUGAACACGGAUAAUCCUCGCGAGUUUACAUGGGAUAACGGCGAAGAGGUCACGUACCUUCCAUGGGGAGUGGAGUCGCCCAAUAAUCAUGGUGUGGGCGUUGCGGAAAACGACACGAACUGUGGCGCGAUAUCGGCCGAUGGUGUGGCAGUGUACCCGUGCCACGAGCGCAAAAGCUUCGUCUGCAAGAAGCCACCAUCGCCGGUUGGCGGAUCUGUAACUGCAGUUACCAUUCCCCAUUCGUACGGCUGCUUACCAUACGGUACGGCAUUCCGCGACAAGUGUUUCUACUUCGGCAAUGAUCCGCAGUCGGGCGUCACCCGCUAUGUGGACUUUGAUACAGCCCGCGCCCACUGCACACAAAAGUUCCCCGGCGGGGAUUUAGCCGUCUUCCGCAACGGUGUAGAUGAGCGAGAGUUUGUUAACGCGGUCCUGGGGAGACUGGGCAUGGAUGUGUGGAUCGGGUUAAGAGAGGAUGCCGAUCCGUGGAAUGCGUUCAAGAAAUGGGUGGAUGGAACGAGCGUGACCUCCACUAACUGGGCGCAUAAUCAGCCGGCACUGGCCGGGGAUGCGGGCUAUGUGGGCUGUGUGGCCAUGCAUGGAACCAUCGGGGAGCACGGUGCCGUGAUGCCGGGAGAUUGGUACGUGGCGGGCUGCACCGAACGCAAGGUGCCGUUCUGUAUGGGACCGAAUAGUGCGGGACCGCCCACUACGACACCGCGACCGUCCACGCCGUUUCCCAAUGGAUGCCCGCGGGGGUGGAGUACGGAGACCCAGCUACGAGAUUGUUAUAGAACUUAUCAAGGUUACGCACAAGGCUCCGUACGGAAGAUCAGCUGGCAAGAAGCCGAGGAUUUUUGUCGCCGUUUUCGAAACGGCCAUCUGGCAUCGAUCAACAGUGGCGAAGAGCAAGCGUUGAUCUAUCGAAUCGUUAACGGUGAUCCGAUGUGGAUCGGGCUGCAUCAAAACCCUGCAGUACAGAAUCGAUGGGAGUGGUCAGAUGGAAAACCACUGACCGUGUCGCAUUUCCACCCAACAACCGAUCACAGUACUACCUACACGCCCAACUGUGCUGUUACAAAUAUAGCGGGAAAAUGGAUUCCCCAAAGCUGCCUCUUAGCCGCUGGAUGGAUUUGUGAAAUACCGAAGGGAGCGUACUUCGAUGGACAGCUUAUUGAGCAGUACCCUACGGAAGUUCCGGCCAACGAUACUUGUGGUUCAUCGUCUUCCUUGGAUGGCCAAUGGUUCUUUUCGUCCCUGACAAACGAGUGUAUUUUCAUCUCCCAGAAAUCAGACAGCUGGGCUAACGCGCAAGAAACCUGCGAAUCCCUCAACGCUAACCUGAUCACGGUGACCAGUGAAAACUAUCCGUUCAUUGUCCUGAAACUUUCCCAGAUACAAAGUUGGAGCCAAUACGAAUACUGGAUCGGCCUGGGCAUCACCGAUAUCGUCAACAAUGUGUAUAGCUGGGUCGAUGGACACGAGUCCUUCUUCCGCCCUUGGGAGGCGGGUCAGCCGACAAUGGGCUCCAUCAACCGUUGCGUUGUGCAAGCUAGCCUCCAUGGGAAAUGGAUUUCGCGGCACUGUGCCUCGCAGCAAAAGUACAUUUGUGCUAGGACGCAGCGAGUCCGUCCUACACGACCGCCUACUCCGGUUACCGGUAACUGCCAUCCGGGAUGGGUGCAGCACGGUCACUCUUGCUACUACUUUGCGGUUAAUGCGAAUCGCACGUGGAACGAAUCGCACGAGGCCUGCAUCAACAUGCUGUUAUCUUCGGGUGGUAUACCGUCGGAGCUACUUUCCAUUCACAGCUCCCUGGAAAAUGACUUCCUCGUCACGGAACUGCGAAAAUACCCAAACAAAGGUUUCUGGAUUGGACUGCACAAAGUCGACAUUGACAACUACGACAGUACCUUCGUCUGGUCAGACCACUCUCGUGUGACCUUUAAUAACUGGCAUUUCUCCGAACCAUUAACAGAAGGAAGAGAACCACGUGCAGUGGAAAUUCGAAGCGAGCAUAACCGCGCCGGGAGAUGGCAAGCCGUUCACGACACACAGACUAAAGACUACAUUUGCAGAGCUGGAAUAGAUCCUCUUGCGCCGACUGCCUCUCCGCCAACCAGCAACUGCAUCGCCGGCUACACACAGUUUUACGAAAACGGUCCAUGCUUCGCGGUUAUCACGCUGGAUUCGGCGUCCAACACGUGGCAAGGCGCUAAAGAUGCUUGCCAACGCCAGCAAGGAAGUAUUACCACAAUUACUGACGUCUUUGAGAAUGCCUAUAUCCGGUUGCUCCUGCACCAACGUUCCCAAAACGAUCAGGCUAAUGCCAAGGCAUGGAUUGGGAUGAAGGCCGACAAGCAUACGUUUGCAUGGCACAAUGGGUGCCCGGUGGUGUUUUCCAAUUUUCAAAGCCUAAUACCGAUUCCGGAGAACCAGGUGGAAGAAUGCAUCGUCAUGGAUCGACAAGGGAAGUGGGAGGAACAGGGAUGCGGCGCAACGGCACCGUACGCUCUUUGUGAAUGGCGCACCGAAAAAUGCCAUCCAACGGACAACACCACAUCGGACGAAGCUUUCUGCCCGGCCGAUCAUCCACAGGAGUGCGAUACCGUGUGCUACCGCAUCCAAACGCGAUCCCAUCAGGCAAACCAAUCGUCUCUUAUAAUGACGCGUUCUAACGCCGCUCGCAUCUGCCGCGAUUUCGGCGGCAGUCUGGCCACCAUCCGUAACGAACGCGAGCAGAAAUGCUUGGAGAAAUAUGUGCUCCAUUCGGCGGACGGACUCUGGAUUGGUCUGUCGGAAAACUACGUAUUCGGUUCGGGUGACUACGUAUGGGAAUGGGAUGACUCCGUUGUGGACUACGGUCCAGCGACGUACCAAAACUGGGCAUCCGGUAAACCGGCGUUGUCACCUACCUCAUUUAGUCGCGAUGGAUGUGUCGAGAUUUUACCUAACGGCACAUGGAACAACAUCUACUGUUACGAUGAUCGCGGCUUCGUAUGCGAAACAAUGAAACUAGGACUGCCGACUACAGCACUUCCCACAACGACCGCAACAUCCACAACAACGACAACUACUACCACUUCAACGACCACUGUCACCACGACGACUACGACAGGGGUGCCCAGUGUCGCAUCAAGCGCAACUACAACGACAACAACAAAAGCCACUGCGCAACCGCCGCAGUCAACCGGCACAUCAACCGGUGUUGUGACCAAUGUCCCGGUUCAACAGACAUCAUCCUCGGUUACCGGUGCCUCCACCACAAAGGACUUUGGUGGAACGGUAGGACCGACUACCGCGGCGGAUAGCGGUUUAUCCGGUGGAUCCAUCGCCGGGAUUGUCAUUGGUGUUUUACUAUUAGUGGGCGUGGCUGGCGCGGUGGCCUUUGUGGUGCUCACCGGACGAACUGGGACCGUGGUCGAUUCAGCGAGGAAUAUCGGCAGACGGGCCACUUUGUGGAGACGGAGGGGAGAUCAAGGCGAGAGAAAACCGGUGGUGGAUAUGGAUUAUAGUGCUGAUACGUACACUUUAUAAGACAGAUUUUGUUGAGUGGUUUAUAACAUCACAAAUCAUUGCUUUACGUGCUUCUUCUAAAAUUAUACUGGAAUUUAUUGAUUAGCCAUGUAUGAGUUAGCAUAAUUAUUUGCAAAAUUCCAAAAAAUCACAGCAUCAAUAUACGACAGUCGAGAGAUAUAUGGAUUUUUCAGGCUUGUAAAAACAAAACUUUCUGG